AUGCAUCUAGUAUGUGAGGACCACAUCAUGCAAGCUCUGUACCAAUUGCUGGCCCAAAGCAUCCCAGAAUCCCUGAAGGUGUAUGGCGCCAUUUUCCACAUCAUUCAUGGAAACCCCUUCAACCUGGAAGUGCUAGUGGACUCCUGGCCGGAUUAUCAGACUGUUGUCACCCGGCCUAAGAAACAGGAAAUGGUUGACAAAUUGGAUCGAUACACAAACACUUACUAUAUCUUCACCAAGGACCUUCAAAAAUGCCAGCAGUUUCUAGAAUCUACUGAGGUCAUCGAUUGGAAGCAAGUCAUUCAGAUUCAAGGUUGCCAGGAGAGCUUAGAUAAAAGGCUAAGAAAGAUUGCAGCUUCCAAGUUCCUUCAGGUGGAACAUCUAAGCAAUGUUCUCUUUGUAAAAGAAGAAAUUCUUCAACUUGGGACAACUGAGGGCAAGUUGGUGACCACAGUGCCAGAUACAAAGGUUUUUGAGAGAAAUCUGGAGUUAACGUUUGCCCGCCUGAAUGCAUCCCAUGCAAAACUCGUAAACGAUCAUUGGGAGCUGGGGCUCAAUGAGAAGAGCCUGAAUUAUGUCAUACGUUGCAUCCAGAACUUGCCAACUUUUUGCCUCCUGGACUCGGAGGGGAACCCCAUCUCUUGGGUUGUCAUGGAUCAGACUGGGGAACUGAGGAUGGCCUGUACCCUACCCCAAUACCGAGCAAAAGGCAUAGGGCAUUACUUGAAAGUUAACACUUUACAGUAUCUUUUUAAAGAAAAUAUUCCAUUUUUCCUACACAUAGCAGAAAAGAAGAAAUACCUCUUCAGAGGUUUGAUACAGUCUGGUUUCCAUUCAUACCCUCAUGGAUGGAACCAGUGGACAUUAACCCCAAAAAUGAAAAGCCAAUACUGA